AUGCAGAGGAAUCAGAGAUUUCAAAUAAGGAAUACAAAGUCGAAGACAUAAAAAAAUUAUUUGAUAUUUUUUUCAACGUUGAUAAUAUUAGUUGUCUUUUGUUUUUAAAGCACAUUGAAAAGAUUUUAUUUUUCGAACUUAAAGAAGAUGGUAAUAUUCCGGAACUCUUGUAUGAAAUUGGAAUUGAAAAUGUGAAGGAAGUAUUUCGUGAAAGGAAAUUACUAGCCGAAAACAUAAUAUCAACGAUGCUAUCUACAACAGGUCAAGAUUCUUUUGAGUCUGUUUAUAAGAUGAAGUUUUUCCAAAAGGCUAAAGCUAAGCGUAUCAAUAACAAAAGUGAAUGGUUAAUUGUUAAUUAUAUUUCUGACACAAAUGAUGAAAAAUAUAUUAAAUUCAAGAAUCGCAUUCGUGAUUGUAAAUUUAUACCGAUUGUUGGAUUAGCUGUACGAGUUGACAAUAUAUCAAGAAAUCAGGGAAAACUCUAUUGCUUUUUACCCUUGCCUGAUAAUUAUGAAGACUUUUCUGUUUCGAUUAAUGGUUGUUUUGCGGUCAGUAAAAAUAGAAGACGAUUGGAAAGUGAUAUGUUACUUCUUAAAGGUGCAUGGAAUAGAUAUUUAUUUGAAAAAGCUAUUCCUGAAGCAUGGAAGAAACUUUUAACAGAAGUAAUAAAAAUAAAAAGUGUUUCCUACGAAAAAAUCUAUACACUUUGGCCAUUGCCAGUGGAUAAAUCUUCCCGAGAAUUGAAUGCUAAAUCUUGUCUAUGGAAAGAUCUUUUACAAAAUGUUAUUAAUCACCUCGAGCCUGAUCUUGAAGUUUUUCGCGGUCCUUCAGAAUAUUUAUCAAUAAAUAGUGGAUACUUAACUGAUGAGAACUUCUGUAAGUCAUCAGAUUUAUCAAGAAUAUUGGAAAAGCUAGGAUUUCCCAUUUUUGUAAAAAUUCCAGAACAAAUUGUCGCCAAAUUAAAAAAUUCUUUCAAAAAUGGUUUAAAGUACAUUACACCAGAAAAAGUAUGCAAUUAUCUUAAGGAAUCAAACAAGCAAACAAACAUUGUUCGUCUUAGUAGGUCGGACAAGUUACUUCUAUUUGAAUAUAUUCUUGGAGUUAAUGAUGUCUCUGAUCUUCAUGGACUUCCAUUGCUUCCAGUCAAAAAUGAUACUUUUACAACUUUUGAGCCAAGAAGUAAUUCGAAACAUUUUUUCAUUGCGGGCAAAAAUGAGCACAAACUUAUCGAUGAAAAACUUUUUGAAUCAAUUAUUGAUAACGAAAUUGGCGAUGGAUAUGCUGAAAAUUCUCAAGAAAUUCCGAUCGGAAAGAAUGAUAUUGAAUGGAUAUAUGAAAUUUGGGAUUAUUUACAAAAAACCAACAGAAAUUUGUCACACUUUGAGGGUCUUCAUCUUUUACCAAUAAUUAAAAAUAAGGCUAUUCAUUUGAGAAAAUUAAAAGCAAUACCAAAAUGUUUAUGCCAUUCACCACGUUAUCAAAUGAUCGGGGAUCUGCAACCUGGAUUUUUGAUUGAAUUAUUCGAAUCGCUGGGUUCUAUUUUUAUAGAUCGUGAUUUUGAAAAACGAAAGGUUUCAAACUAUGAAAAACUUAAAAAUUAUUUAAUUGAACUCGAUGAUGUUGAAGCUGUCAUAUUAUCUUUCGGAGAAAAUCAAUCAUUUCCAUCUAACAUCACUAAACAUUCUCUCAGUAAUUAUGAUAGAGAAUGUUUAAUUAAGUACUUUGGAAGUUAUUUGCAACGUCAACAUUUUUUUGAUACCAGGCUAAUAGAAAUAUUAAAGUGUUUUCCGAUUUUUACUAAAGUAAAUAGUAACAAAGCGAUAGACAUCAAUUCAUUAUCCGGGACAGCAUAUUAUUUGCUUCCUGAACAAGAUGAACAAUCAUGCGGACCUAUUAUUUCACCUCAUUGCUCAUUUUUGAAAGCCCAUACUUCUAGUAAUGUUGGUUUUAUUCUUGAAAAAGUACUCAAAGUUAAACGAUUAGACCAAAGAACAUAUUGGAAAGAUCAUGUCAUACAGCACUUAAAUGACUUAAAUGAUCCAUCAUUUCAUAUUAAAGAUCAAUUAAUUGAGAAACUUUUUGAAAGAUGGAGGAUCAUAGCACCUUUUCGAAGUGUUCUUUCAGAAAUACCAUUUGUUACAACACAAUCAUUUAAUACAUCAUUCUUUAGUACAUCAUUAUUUAGUACAGCAUCAUCAGUUAGAAAAAAGCCAAAUGAGAUCUUUGACCCAGACAAUUCCCAAAUAAAAAAGUUAUUCUUUUCGAAUGAACCAUUUUUUCCAAUUGGAAAGUAUUCGGAUCACGAAUAUCUUCAUAAAUUACGUCAACUAGGAAUGAAAAAUUCGAUGACUAUAAAAGAUGUGAUCAAUCGGUUAGAAAUUUAUGCAGGACAUAAAACCAGUGAUAGAUAUUCUAAAUCUAUUCAACUGCUAAGAUAUAUUGACGACAAUUAUGAUGAUUUUGAAAAUGAUGAAUUAUUCAAUUUGUUCUGUGAGAAAAUUAAAAACGAAGCGUGGAUCCCAACCUUAAAACAGAAAAGACAAAAAACAUUCUCAAAAGCUUCAGAAUGUAAAGAUCAAUUACAUCAAAAUUUGGUUUCAUAUGUAAUGCCAAUAAUCCAAUAUCAGAUCAAAAAUAAUGAUUUACGUCGAAUUUUUGGAUGGAAUAACGAUCCACCGAUAAUGAAGAUAAUAGAACAAUUAUUAUACUUGACAGAUUUAAUAAGUCAAGAAGACUCUAAUACUGAAAUAGGAGAUCAAAUAUAUAAGAUUUAUGAUCAUUUAAACAAAGUUGUCAGCAGAUCAAAUAAUGAUAUAGACCUUUUGAAAAGUGAAUUAUCGGGAAAAAAAUGGAUUUUUAAUGAUGACAAACUUUAUUCAAGCGAAGAAAUCGUAUUUUCUUCUAUAAUCAAAAACGAUAUGGUUACGCUUUCUAAUCGAAACAAAAACAAUUAUUCAAAACUUUUUGUUGUGCUUGGAGUUGCACAUGAACAGAAUUAUUUUGAAGCACUUAAAACUCUUGAAUUUUCGAGUAAAACGCAAAAGUUCAUAAUUGAUAUGAUUGAACAUCUAUCUCAUACUGAAACAGAAGAUAGAUUAAAAGAAUUGUUGAUUCCAAACAUGAAUGAAAAAAUGGUCCCUUGUAAAGGAUUAUUUUAUGACGAUAUGGAUACAAGGGUUAAGGAUUCAGAUAAGAAUUUUAAUGUCAUGGCACAUCCUGCAAUUUCAAGAGACGUAGCAAAGAAACUAAAACUUAAAAAUUUUAGUGAAGAAUUCUUAAAAGGUAGAAUCGAUUUUGUUAAACAAAAUAAUAACGUAACAGCAGCCUUUUUGAAAACUAUUCUAGAAGAAUUUGAUCUUGAAGAAAUUGUUUUUCAAGAAUUUCUCAAGAAUGCAGAUGAUGCAAGAGCAACACAGUUUUGUAUCAUUCUUGAUGAAUGUAAAUAUUCAGAUAAACUUUUAUUAAAAGAAGAUAUGAAAUGCUGGCAAGGACCAGCAAUAUGGAUAUAUAACAAUAGUAAAUUUUCUAUUAAUGAAGACCUCGAUUCACUCAAUAACAUUGGCAACCAGUUUGAACCCUAUUUAAAACUUGAAGGAUGUGGAUUCAAAGUUGAUUUCAACGAAAAAUUUGAUGGAACUUUAUUUAGGUUGCCACUCAGGACAAUCAAAAGUCUAAUAUCUGAUAAAGUUUAUACUGCAGAUAAUGUAUGGCAAACCAGCGUUGAUAUUAUUGAUCGUGUUGAGAAUUUAUUAGAUGUUAUAAAGAAGGAUGCAAUUUCUGAACUAAUUUUUUUACGCAAUGUGAAAUCCAUCAAAACAUUUAGAAAAAGAAGUUCAGAUAACGUAAUAAAGCCCUUAUGGGAAGUUGAAAUUAAAGAAUUCACUGGUGAUCGUAAAUCACUUGGGAAAAAAUCACAAAUACUUAAGUUUGAUGUUCAAUAUAGUGAAGAAAAUAUUCCGAAAACAACAAAAUGGCUUAUGUGUGCAGGAAAAAAGGAUAAUAAAGAUGCAUGGAGUGCGAUUGCAACAAUUAUUCCUGAAAAGCAAAAUGAAGAAAUUUUUAAUGGGAAAUUUUAUUCAUAUCUUUCCCUUCUAAAUUCUUCAGAACUUCCUGUAAUUUUACAUUCAAACGACUGGGAACUUACGCCAAAUAAAAGAAACCUUAAACCAAAUAGCGAAAAGAAUAUCAAUAUUUUAAACAACAUUUCCGAACUUCAUGUAAGACUUUUUGAAAGGCUUACGAAAAUAGAACAUCCAAGAAAUAAUAAUUAUCAAAUGAUUUCUCAACUCUGGCCGAUUCCAGAAAUCGAAAGUGAUAUGAAAAUUAAAGAAUAUGGUAAAAAAGUAUUAGAACGUUUAUGUGAAAAAAAUUCUGAAAUAUUUUGGACUCCAUAUGGAGAUGGUAAAUAUGUUAGCUUAAUAAAUAGUAUCUUUAUAAAUGAUGACACGCCAAAAAAUAUUGUAGAGUUUCUGAAUAAGCAUAAUUACUCUACAGUCAAAAUUAAACCAGAGCACCUAAAUGAAUUCAAAGAAAAAAAUGGAUAUCAGCAAGUUAGUCCUCAAUUUAUUCGAGAUAUCUUGAAAAAUGAUGAAUCCAUAUUAGAUACUUCAGAUUUAACAUUAUCCGAGCGGUUUUCUUUGCUGAGGUACAUUCUUGAAGAUAAAAAUUAUGGUGAUCUUGAAAAUAUUUCAUUGGUUCCACUAUUUGACAACAAAUUUGGAAAUUUUGCGACUGAGAAGAAUUAUAGCAUUGCUACAUUGGAACAGCUAAAAUUAUUUCCUAAAGUUGGAUUGGAAUAUUUUAUUCCUGUUGAUCUGUUAAAAGCACACGAUUUGCAUACAAUAUUUACCAAAAAUGAAUUUCUCAAAGCUACAAACAUUCAAUAUUUCGGUGAACCAACAAUCAGACGUUUUCUACAACAAGAGUUACACCCUAUAUCAGAAAGAGAUUGGAAUCCAUCAGAUUCAACAACAAUUCCGAAUCAAAAAUGGCUUGAUGAAAUAUGGUCGAAUAUAUUAAAUUAUUCACUAUCGCCAUAUAUGUCUUUUCCUUUAUUAGAAGUAUAUGACCCAAAUAAACAAGACCAGCACCAAUUAAUCAGUUUAGAAAAUGCAGCAAAAAAACCUUUAUUAGUCUAUGCUCAUGAUCAAUUAUUAGUUAAAACAUUGACAAAUAUUGGAAUACGAUUCACCAAACGUAGAUAUGAAAAGACACUUAGUAAAUAUGUUAAAAAAUUAGAACCAGAUAAUGUAUUAGAUGUUAUUGGCAAAUAUCGAUGCAUUGUAAAUGAGGUGUUUACCGAGCAGGAAGAUAGGGAAACUCUAUGCAAUUAUUUUAGUUUUGCUAUGAACUUGCAAAAUUAUGAAAAAUACAAGAAUAAAUGGAUAUUCGUGCGAUUACCUAUAUGGCCAACACAUAUUUUAGAUUCCGGAGACCAAAUAUGUAAAUCAAUUUCGGAUGAUUUUACGUAUCUAGUACCUUCAGAUCAUCCACUACUUAAACUUGUUUAUAGUUAUUCCAAUCGAUUUCUUCCAAAAUGCAUUCAAGACAAUCAACAAUGCUUAAAAAUGCUUGAACAAAUAGGAUUUGUAAGAAAAGUUACUCCAGAAAUUUUUAUCAAAUGUGCUAAACAUAUUCAAGAAUUGCAUAAGAAUCGAAAGGAUGAUAUGAUUGAAAUAGACAAUCUUAGGCAUUUAGCAAGCGAUGUUCUUUGCCAUUUUUAUAGAAACCAAUCUACAUUAAAAUUUUCUGAAGAUGAAUGGGAAGAGCUAUCGAAAAUCAAAUUUGUUCCGAUCUCAAAGAGCUUUUUAAAAUAUCCAUACUCUUAUAGUAGUAAAAAGAAUGUGGAAGAGUUGGAAUGUCUUGAAAAUUUAUGUCUUUCGAAAUACAAGAAUUUUGCAUGGACUCAAAUAGCAUUUUUUGAGAAUGAACCAACCGAGGAAGUUAUAAAAAAUUAUAAGAAUUUCGGUCUACCAACCAUUCAAAAUAUUGUUAAUCAUUUAAAAACAAUUCAAUCCACCGUGUCUAAAUCUAAAGAGUGGGAACAAAGAGGUGAUGAAUUAUUUGAAAUCAUAAAACAAAUUUAUGAAAAAUUAGAAUCAUUAUGUGAUGAAAGAAAUGAUGAUCUGAAGUUAUACUUUCCAAAUGAUCUCCCGCUCUUUUUAAAUGGUACAAACCCACUUGAUUCAGAAAGUUGGAUUAUCGCUUCACAUCUUGAUUUAAAUAUUAAAAAAGACUUCAAGCCAGACAGAAGAGCUACCGCUGAGUACCUUAAAAAUUAUAGCAGCCUUUUAAUUUUAGCUGGCGCGAAAGAUUCGAAAUUACCGAAGAACAAGCGAUGUAAAUAUUAUGAAGAAAACAAUACGCAACAUAUAAUUAAAUCAAUGAUUGAUUCUUUAUGUAUUGGAGAUAAUACAACCCAAUCUAAUGACGUUUCAUUUUAUAUUAAAGAGCAAAGAUUUUAUGCAAAUUCAUUAAUAUUGGGUUAUGUCGCACCAUAUUUUAAAAAAACUGGACAUAGUUUUACUUUUAACGAUAUUGAACCAGAUUCACUUCACAUUUUACUACGAUGGCUAUAUGGUGAAUCAUUAUCUCAAGCCAUAAAUCAUAUUGGAUACAAAGAAGAUGAAGAUGACCUUAUUCAAAUUUGUAAAGAUUUGUUAAAAUUGGCGAAUGAAUUUAAACUUGAAUCACUUAAACAGUUGAUAGAACAUAAAUUGUUCGCAUUCCUUGACAUCAAUUUGAAUGAAAACACUCUUAACGACUUAAAGACUAUGGCUCACAGUAAUGGAUUAACUGAUCUUUUAGAUUAUUGUAAUAAAUUAGAAAAGGAAUAUUGCUAA